GGAAACAAAUAUGUUAGUGAACAAUAUUGAAAGUAUCAAUGGUAAUAUGGAGAAAGACCAGACAAUGACGACUAACACUAAUCAUAAGCCAAGUACAGAAGAAAUGACUUCUAAAGAUUCACCCGCCGACUUUGAUCAGGCCAUCCAGGCAGCUGGUUUUGGCCUCUUCAAUUUCAUGUUAUUUCUUGUGGCUAUAUUAGCCACAUUUGCCAGUAAUUUUGAAUCCAGUUCCGUGUCGUAUAUUUUACCCGUUGCCGAAUGUGAUCUUCAGUUGAGCCUCAAUGAUAAGGGUGUCCUUAACGCUGUGGGCUAUGGGGGAAUGAUAUUCUCGGCCAUAGCUUGGGGCUAUUUAGCCGAUACCAAGGGACGUCGUAGGGUAUUACUUUAUGGCUAUUGGAUUGAUAUGAUUUGUGUUUUCGGUAGUGCGUUGAGUCAAAACUUUUGGAUGCUAGUCCUUUUCAAAUUUCUUGGAGGCCUUGUUAUAAAUGGUCCAGCUGCUGUGCUGUUCACCUACUUGACUGAGAUGCAUGGACCCAAGCAUCGAUCCAGUGUCCUCAUGGUGGUUGGCAUGAUAACAUCCUUAUCAAUGUUGGUCUUACCUUUGCUUGCAUGGGGAGUUUUUCCCAGGGAUUGGGAUUUCCGGUUAUUUGGCUAUCUGAACAUUCAUAGUUGGCAAAUUUAUUUAUUCAUCUGCGGACUGCCAAGUUUGUUUAGUGGCUUGAUUUUUAUAAUAAUGCCAGAGAGUCCACGAUAUCUCAUGGCUCAUGGACGUAAUGAGGAAGCAUUGAAAACUUUUCAAUUAAUUUAUGUCUGGAAUACGCGAAAAUCUAAAGAAACCUAUCCGAUCAAAACUCUUGUACAAGAAAUUCCUGUUCGCGAAGCCCAAAAGGACGAGGCCAUCUUUACCAUUGAUAAGGACAACGAACAGAAGACAGAGCCUGAAAAACGUUCUUGUUUGCAGAGCUUAACGGCAGGCUGCAGGCAAAUGAAACCCAUGUUCCUGAAGCCUCUUCUAGGUCUGUCCAUACACUGUUAUACCAUGCAAUUUUGCAUAUUUCUCGGCAUGAAUACAAUUCGGUUGUGGCUACCUCAACUUUUUGCCUCAAUUGCGGAAUAUGAAACCUUGUAUGAGGACGAUGCAGAGGUAUCAUCGGCCAGCAUGUGCUCCAUAUUGGAGUACAGUGUUCAAAAGCAAGAUGAAUCAUCAACGAGUAUACUUAAUUCAUGUACUGAGCCCUUGCCCAUAUCCAUGGCUAUGUAUAUGAACAACAUUAUAGUUUCGUCUUCUGGAUUUGUGGGUUAUUUGUUUGCUGGCUUUAUAGUCCGAGCUUUGGGAGCUAAUCGUUUGCUGACCUAUGGACUUUUUGCAUCUGGUUUAUUGGGUUUUGCUUUGUAUUUCUCCAUCAACAGCCAGAUGACUCUGAUUAUAUCAGCAACAUUCCAAACUAUAACUAUCAUUUCAUUUUCAUCCCUUUUGGGAGCUGUGGUUGCCUUAUUUCCCACUCAAUUACGUUCUCUGGUUGUAGCCAUAGCCAUGAUGUGGGGUCGUCUUGGUUCGGUUUGUGGCAAUUUACUAUUUCCGGUAUUAAUGACAACUGGCUGUAUGCCGCCCUUUAUAAUGGUUUCUUCAGUUCUGUUGGUUUCCGGCUUAUUAUCUAUAUAUCUACCCAAUCCAGCAAAUGUCAAGUUCUCAUAGAUAUUUAGUUUCAUUUUAGUUUCUAUAAUAAUUUAAAUUUUCAUCGAAUUGUUUGUUGUACAGAAAACAUAGAACUUAUCGAAUUUGACAACAAAAUUGAAUGUUUAAUCUAA